CAGUUGCUCCACAGAACCAACUCAAGCACCUGAUUAGAAGAUCGAGACCUUAAGCAAACCCCCACUGCUACAGCGUUAGUUGGAGCCGGCCAUGGCCAUGACAUCCCCCAACAGCAGAGCGCUGGAACGGUACAAGAGCGCCGUCACGACGGCAACUUCCGUGCUGGGCGCGGCCAUGCUGCUGCGCCGGGUGCUCGCCGACGUCCUCCCAGGCACGGCCCUCGGCGCGCUGCUCCUCCUGCCGCCAGCCUCCGCCCGGCGCCACGCCGUGCUCAUCGAGGAGUUCGACGGCGCCCUGCACAACCGCGUCUUCUUGGCGGCCAAGGCGUACGUUUCCACGCUCCUCGCCGCGGCACCGUCCGUGCCGCUGAUGAAGGCCAGCCUGCCGCGCGGGGCCGGUGCGGAGCACGUCCUGCUCGCCCUCCGCCCCGGCACGGCGGUCGUCGACGUGUUCGACGGGGCAAAGGUCACGUGGCGCCUAAGCAGGAAGCACGAUGGGGGCGCCGGCAGGCGGCGGACCACGGAGGACGCGCGCGAGGUGUUCAAGCUCAGCUUCGACGCGGAGCACAAGGACAUGGUGCUCGGCUCCUACCUGCCGGCCGUCAUGGCCCGCGUGGAGGCCAUGUCCCAGGAGCAGAGGCAGACCAAGCUGUACAGCAACGAGUGGGGCAAGUGGCGGACCGUGAGGCUCCGCAACGCCUCGACGUUCGCGACGGUGGCCAUGGACGACGCGCUGCGGCAGGCCGUGGUAGACGACCUGGACAGGUUCUUGACCCGGAAGGAGUACUACCGGCAGACGGGGAGGGCGUGGAAGAGGGGCUACCUGAUCCACGGCCCGCCCGGCACCGGCAAGUCCAGCUUGGUCGCCGCGAUCUCCAACCACCUCCAUUUCGACGUGUAUGAUCUCGACGUCGGCAGCGUCAGGUCCAACACCGAGCUGAGGAAACUGCUGAUUCGGAUGAAGAACAGGUCCAUAUUGUUGGUCGAAGAUGUCGAUUGCGCCCUGGCGACGGCGCCACGGAGGGAAGCGACGGGAAGCUCCGACGGGGGCAACCCUGUUUCCAAGAAUCACAAGGUCACUCUGUCGGGGCUGCUCAACAUGGUGGACGGCCUUUGGUCCAGCAGCGGCCAUGAGCGGAUCCUCAUCUUCACCACCAACCACAAGGACAGGCUAGACCCGGCGCUGCUCCGGCCUGGCCGGAUGGACAUGCACGUCCACAUGGGCUACUGCGGCUUCGUCGCCUUCAGGGAGCUCGCGGCCAACUACCACGGCAUCCAAGACCACCCGCUCUACCCCGAGGUCGAGGCGCUGCUGCGGGAGGUGGAGGUGGCACCGGCGGAGGUCGCAGAGAGGCUGCUUAUGACCGACGAUGCCGAUGCCGCUAUCGAGAUGGCCGCGAAGCUGCUGAGAGGCAGGAAGGCCGGGACCGGGGAAGAUGGCGGGUACAUCAAGCAGAAACUGCACGUAGGGCCUAGGCGCCCGCGUCGGCCCCCGGCUGCAAGACGGGCGGUGCUUGACGACGGAAUUGGUGGUUCCUCACGACGAGGCCAGGGGCGUGGAUCAGGGACAGGGCGACGUGGCCGAGGUGAGGUGCGCGGACGAGGACGGCGAUAGACAAUCGUACUCCCUCUGUUCAAGUGCACAAGGGUCUAAAUAAAACUUCAGUAUCCAAAUAUAUAUAGUAAAUCAUUAUGCAUGAAAGAAACUUAUCAUUCUUCGCGACCAUUAAUUUGAGCAGAAUUUAUUAUAGUUUUAUUAAAAUGUUCAUGGUCGGUUCAGUCUCUCGGAGGUGCUCAUAGAGAUAAGGUGUGUGUGCAUUCAUAAGGAUGAGUGUAUGAUUAUAUAUAUGAGCGCUUGCGUCUGUACUGUGUUAAAAAAGUGGUAUGUGGAACCUCCCCUCAUAAAUAAAAAGAAGGUACGCGGAACCAUAAA